GCUAUCCCCCUCCAUACAAAUAAAGAUAGAGCCCUCAACUUUUCUCUCACUCCACUUUCUUCUCAGAUUGCUGAUCUUCUAAACAUUCAUAGAUCGCUCGCUUCUACUACGUAAUACUCUUGAUAUAUUUUUGAAUCUUUCCUUAUCAAUAACAACUUUCUCUACUUUCUCUCCUUCUUCUCAGAUCAACCCCACAGCUAGCCUCUCUGUUCUUCUCGAUGGCGAGUGAAAUUGGAAGUAUCACAUAUGAAGAGGAACACAUAUUGAAUUCGCGAGGAAUGAAGCUUUUCACUUGCAGAUGGUUGCCUGCAAAUUCUGAGCCAAAAGCUUUGGUCUUCUUUUGCCAUGGAUAUGGCAUGGAGUGCAGCAUCACAAUGAAAGGUGCUGCAAUUCGGCUUGUAAAGGCAGGCUUUGGAGUUUAUGGGAUUGAUUAUGAAGGCCAUGGAAAGUCUUCUGGACUUGCUGGUUAUGUUCCUAGCUUCGAUGAUGUUGUUACCGACUGCUCUGAUCAUUUUACAAGCAUUUGUGAAAGGAAGGAGAACGUGAACAAGUUGAGGUUUUUACUGGGAGAAUCAAUGGGAGGAGCUAUGGUUCUUCUGUUACACAGGAAGAAGCCAGACUAUUGGGAUGGUGGGGUCUUGGUUGCACCCAUGUGUAAGAUUGCAGACGAUAUAAAGCCACAUCCACUGGUCAUCAGUGUUUUGACCAAACUUGCUCGUAUCAUCCCAACAUGGAAAAUUAUUCCGACUCAAGAUAUAAUUGAUGUUGCCUUCAGAGAUCCUGAAAUAAGAAAGGAGGUCCGGGCCAACCCGUACUGCUACAAAGGAAGGCCACGCUUGCAGACUGGCUACCAACUCCUGUCUGUCAGCUUAGACCUAGAAAAAAGACUCCAAGAGGUUUCAUUACCAUUUCUAGUUCUUCAUGGAGAAGAUGACAAAGUGACAGACCCAUCUGUUAGCAAACUCCUCUAUGAAACAGCUUCAACUUCAAGCGAGGAUAAGUCCGUCAAGUUGUACAAGGGAAUGUGGCAUUCUCUCUCCUACGGAGAGUUUCCAGAAAACAUUGACACUGUGUUUGCAGACAUUAUUGAAUGGUUAGAUGCCAAAGCUUCCUUAGGGAAUUGGAGGUUGGAGAGAGAGCAAAAACUGGAAAAUGACGGUUUAUUAAUAUCUAGUUCCAGCAAAAAAAGUUUAUAGGAGAAUACAUUGUAACUCAAUUAUAUAUGAAUUUGAUUGAUGCCCACGAUAGCUUUAUAAGUCCUGUAAAAAACUGUAACAAUACGCGGUUACUCAAUUGUUUUAAAUUAGAGAGAUAAAUGAUUGUUUUGGUAUGAACUUUGAAAGUUUU